ACCAGCUGCCAUUUGGGAUAACGUUCUUGUGAUCCCCUCCUGUCAUUGCAGAGUCUCAGCCCAAUUUAUGCUCCCAGCAGAGGCAGCCUGCGUCACUUCCAUGUUCAGACUCUUCUUUGGUGGGGAGAGGUCUUGCUUCUUGACUCACUACAUAGCCCAGGCUGCAGUCAUCCUUACCAUCUUCCUACAUAAGCAGAGGACGACCCAAUGCAACCAGACUACAAAUCUGUGAGUCCCAGUGCAGCUAGGGAAGACCAACAGAUUCUGCUUCCUGUUUGUGAAACGUGGUCGUCCUACGUAGCAGCAGCGACUCAGGCCUGAGAGUUGAUCAUGCCACUGAACCAACUUCAUAGCUGGCUGAAUGCUGUGGUCUUUGGGCUCCUGCUUCUCCUCCUCCAUGUGCAGGGUCAGGACUCCUCAGAGACCAGCCCCAUCAGAAGCACACACACGGGCCAGGUCCGAGGCAGCCUCAUCCGAGUGAGUGAUACCAAAGUUGGUGUCCACAGCUUCCUGGGAAUCCCCUUUGCCAAGCCACCUGUAGGACCACUGCGUUUUGCACCCCCUGAAGCCCCUGAACCGUGGAGUGGUGUGAGAGAUGGAACCUCACAUCCAGCCAUGUGUCUACAAAACCUUGAAACCAUGAAUCCAGAGGGCCUGACAGAUAUGGGAGUGACCAUGCCUCCCAUCUCCAUGUCUGAAGACUGUCUACAUCUCAAUAUCUACACUCCAGCUCAUGCCCAUGAGGGUUCUAACCUGCCUGUGAUGGUGUGGAUCCAUGGUGGUGCUCUGGUUGCAGGAAUGGCUUCUGGAACUGAUGGUUCCAUACUGGCAGCCACUGAGGAUGUGGUGGUGGUCACUAUCCAGUACCGUUUGGGUGUCCUGGGCUUCUUCAGCACUGGAGACCGGCACGCCAGAGGCAAUUGGGGCUACCUGGACCAAGUGGCCGCCCUACGCUGGGUCCAACAAAAUGUCGCCCACUUUGGAGGCAACCCUGGCCAGGUCACCAUUUUUGGCGGGUCAGCAGGAGGCACAAGUGUGUCUUCACUUGUUGUGUCCCCCAUGUCCCAAGGACUCUUCCACAGAGCUAUCAUGGAAAGUGGAGUGGCCCUGCUGCCUGACCUUAUCUCUGACACCCAUGAAAGAGUCUACACUACAGUGGCCAGCCUAUCUGGUUGUGAGACCACAAACUCAGAGGCCCUGGUGCGCUGUCUGAGAGGCAAGAGUGAGGCAGAGAUUCUGGUCAUUAACAAGGUCUUCAAGAUCAUCCCUGCUGUGGUAGAUGGGGUUUUCCUACCCAAGCAUCCCCAAGAGUUGUUGACUUCUGUGGAUUUUCACCCUGUCCCCAGCAUCAUUGGUGUCACCAAUGAUGAGUAUGGUUGGAUUAUCCCCAUGAUCAUGGGCUCUGCUCAGGCAAUAAAGGAAAUAACCAAAGGGAAUCUGGAGGCUUUUAUGAAGAAUACAACAGCACAAAUGAUGCUGCCUCCUGAGUGUAGUGACCUGCUAAUGGAAGAGUACAUGGGGGACACUGAGGAUCCCCAAGCCCUCCAAUUACAGUUUACAGAGAUGAUGGCAGACUUCAUGUUUGUGAUUCCUGCACUCCAAGUAGCACAUUUUCAACGUUCCCAUGCCCCUGUCUACUUCUAUGAAUUCCAACACCAACCCAGCUUCUUCAAGAGUUUCAGGCCACCUUAUGUGAAAGCUGACCAUGGUGAUGAGAUUACUUUUGUCUUUGGAUACUUCUUCUUUGACAUGAAAUUCAACCUCACUGAAGAGGAAGAGCUACUGAACAGGAGGAUGAUGAAGUACUGGGCCAACUUUGCAAGACAUGGGAACCCCAACAGUGAGGGUCUACCCUACUGGCCUGUGUUGGACCAUGAAGAGCAGUACCUGCAGUUGAACAUCCAGCCUGCUAUGGGCCGAGCCCUGAAGGCCAGAAGGCUGCAGUUCUGGACCCAGACACUGCCUCAGAAGAUCCAGGAGCUAAAGAAAUCUCAGAACAUGCACAAAGAGCUAUAGUGCCCUUUGUGAAGAAUGGUGUGUAGCAUUGGCUGCUGAUGGGGUCACCUUGAGUUUCCCAAAAUAUACUGACUAACCUGAGUUGAUCCUAACACUCACAUAACCUCUGCACUUGUCUGCUCUUCUGGGGUGGGAGAAUUGUCUGUAUUCUGUCAAUCAUGUUAUAAAUAAACGCUGAUUGGCCAGGCAGGAAAUAUAGGCGGGAAAACCAGACAGGAAGUAGAAAUGAUGUAAUGAGAACAGGAGAAUUCUGGGAAGGAGGAAGUUGAUUUCUCCCACUCCUGCCCAGAUCACCAAAGCAGCAGGAUGUGAUCUGCCCCACUGAAAAAAGGUACUGAGCCACAUGGCUAACAUAGAUAAAAAAAAAAAAAUGGGUUAGUCAAGAUGUGAGAGUUAGCCAGUGAGAAGCUAGAGCUAAUGGGCCAAUCAGCUUUUAAUUUAUGGAGACCUAUGUGUGAUUUUCUUUGGGGCUAAACAGUUGUGGGAUACCUGGCGGGAUAGAAACACAAACAAGCAGGCCCCUUCAUGUUACAUUCUUCUACAUUUAUCACGAAUUUUCUGCAUGUGACUCUAUCUUGUUGGGUCAUCUUUUGUUAGAUUCAUUCAAUAAAUGCUCCCAUAACAAUGUGGAUUUUGUGAGCCACCCAAGGCAGGCUUAUCUCCUUUCAGAUUCCUCUGGUACUAGGCCCCUUCUAUCCUUCCUUCUUAAAUUUUUCUCUUCAUUUUCAUCUUCUCUAGGACUAAAAUGUUCUUUAAAAUAAAACAGAAGUUUGAAAAACCAUGAUGUGGGUUCUUCAAAGACCCCAUAUUAUAUUGGUGAGGUCUGUCAAAAUCACAUGCCCUAUCUCAUUAGGUUAAUUUUGGAGACCAUGAAGUUCAACAUUAAGAUACAAAUCUGUUUGCUGUAUUGUGAUGACUAGCUCUCUGACCCAAAGUUGAUGAGUAAAUGGGAUAUUUAAUAGUUCUCAGGACCCAGACCUCUACUAGGCCUCGGUCUUAGUAACAUCUCAUCAGAACCUAAAUAUCAAUAUAGAAAUAUGACUCUAUGAUUAUUUCUUUUUUAAAAAUUGUUUUUAAUGAGCUAUAUACUUUUCUCUCUGCUCACCUCCCUUCCUCUCCCCUCUACUUCUACCCUAUUUCAUGGUACUCAUGCUCCCAAUUUACUCAGGAGAUCUUAUCUUUUUCUACUUUCCAUGUAGAUUAGAUCUAUGUACAUCUCUCUUAGGGUCCUCAUUGUUGUCUAGGUUCUCUGGGAUUGUGAAUUGUAGGCUGGUUUUUACUUUGCUUUAUGUCUAAAAGCCACUAUGAGUGAAUACAUAUUAUAUUUGUCUUUCUGGGUCUGGGUUACAUCACUCAGGAUGAUGUUUUCUAGACACAAUCAUUUUCCCGCAAAUGUCAAGAUAUAUUUAUUUCUUUCUGCUGUGUAGUACUCCAUUGUAUAAAUGUACCACAUUUUCCUUAUCCAUCCUUUGGUCCAGGGGCGUUUAGGUUGUUUCCAGGUUCUAGCAAUGACAAACAAUGCUGCUAUGAACAUAGUUGAGCAUAUGUCCUUGUGGUACAGUUGAGCAUCCUUUGGAUAUAUACCAAAAGUGGUAUUACUAUGUCUUAAGAAAAUUGUUUUCUAAUUUCCUGAGAAAUCACCACACUGACAUCCCAAGGGGCUGUACCAGCUUGCACUUCCACCAGCAAUGAAGGAGUGUUCCCUUUACCCCAUAACCUCUCCAUCA